GACUGAUUUGCAUUUGUUGUCUGGUACAGAAAAGGUUAACAAAUCUAAGGCAGGAAUGAAGAAAAACCCCAAAUAUUUUUGUGUUGCUGCAAUAUUAGUAGCAAUUUGCUGAAAUUCUCUUCAGGUAAACCCUUACAUCUUAACCUAUUUGGAUGCCAAUAUUUCCUUUGAGAUGCUCACACGUGUUAGUUUACUUUUAAAGAUGUGUAAAUCCUACUCAAAAUAGUCAUAGUGGGUGAGCAAACAUUGUAGCACCAGUGGAAAAUAAAUUUAAGUAAAAUAAGAUCCUUUGUGCUACAAGCUAAAAGCACAUUUCUAAUCCUAACUUCACUCACAGAUAUAUAGCUGAGACCCUCUAGUGGCAUAAACAUUUAUUUGCCUUCAGCAUGUGAUUAAAAUUCUAUUUUACAGUCACAUUAUAGCAACAAAAUUACAGGUGGUAUUUUUGGACACUCUGGGGGCUCUGGCAAAGUGAAUCUAGGAUUAGACACUGUGCAGGCUCAUGUUAAUGAAAGUAAAUUGAUUUUUAGCUGUGAGGGGCAAUUAUAGAUGCACUGGAAGGAGAGGCGAAUUUUUGAAAGGAUGUUCUAGAACUAAUUACUACCAGUAAAAAAAAAAAAACAACACACAAAGAGCAACGUAAUACCCAGGGCAGCCAAUGGGGAUAAAAGCUUACACACAAAUCUGUCACAACCUAGUAGUGAAGACUGUUUAAAAACAGUGAUCUCCACUUAGCUUGUAAAUGCGCAUCGCCCUCUUCCUCACUCAUAUAUUCUCUCUCUCUCUCUCUUUCUCUCUCUGACACACACACAGGCUCCUGGAUUUGCAGAAGACAGACAUCUAGGGCACUUCUUGGCAUCCACAGGAAAAUCAUAUGGGAUUAAAAACCCACAGCAGUAAGUACUCACUGCAUUAAAUGUUUAUUAAGUGGCAUGCUGUCAAAAGCUAGAUUUAAUGGUAAAUACAGGAGGACUUAAAUGGGAAUUGGUUGUAUUUGAUUUUUCUUAGGAAUUGCUGAAAGCUGCCUCUCGAGGAUUACAAGUUCACCUUUUGCAUUUACAGCUGCUUGUUUACAAUCCAUGUGGUAACCUCUGGACAGGCAGGAAUCCAUUCAUUAUCCCCACUGAUUGAGAGCAGUGCUAACUACUUCACUCAGCUGACGGCAGGCAACAAAAGGAGGAAAAUGAUGAAUUCGGACAAUUUAACCUCCCAAAGCUUCCUCUCUGCGAUCCACAGCAACACCAGCAGUUUAUUCUCAGGGCUCCAGUUUGUUCAGUCCUUCAAGCCACUCAUCAUCCCCUGCUACUCGCUGGUGGUUUUUAUUGGUGUCAUUGGGAAUUACCUUCUCAUUUAUGUCAUCUGCAAGACAAAAAAAAUGCACAAUGUCACCAACUUUCUGGUAGGCAAUCUGGCUUUCUCAGACAUGCUCAUGUGUGCGACCUGCGUGCCCCUGACCCUGGCCUAUGCCUUUGAGCCCCGGGGGUGGGUUUAUGGGCGCUUCAUGUGCUACUUUGUUUUCCUGAUGCAACCUGUCACGGUGUUUGUGUCUGUCUUCACCCUGACCGUCAUAGCUGUGGACAGGUACUGUGCCACGGUGUACCCGUUCCGCAGGAGGCUCACCAUCCCCAUCUGUGCUUACAUCCUGGCUGCUAUUUGGCUGCUGAGCUGCACUUUGGCUGCCCCAGCCUUGGUCCACACCUACCACGCAGAGUUCCCGGAGCUGGACUUCUCUAUCUGUGAGGAGUUUUGGUUCCACAGGAAAAGAGAUCGCUUGGCUUAUGCCUACAGCACCCUCAUCAUCACCUAUGUACUGCCCUUGGCUGUCAUCUCCCUGUCCUACCUGAGGAUCUCAGUCAAGCUGAAGAACCGUGUAGUCCCAGGCAACGUCACCCAGGGCCAAGCAGAGUGGGACCGUGCCAGGAGGAGAAAGACUUUUCGUUUGCUGGUCUUGGUGGUGGCAGCCUUUGGAGUCUGUUGGCUGCCCCUGCACAUCUUCAACGUGAUAAAGGACAUCGACAUCAGCCUGAUUGACAAGCAGUACUUCAACUUCAUCCAGCUGCUGUGCCACUGGUUUGCAAUGAUGUCUGCUUGUACCAACGCCUUCCUCUACGCCUGGCUCCAUGACAGCUUCAGGGGAGAGCUGAAAAAAAUGUUUGCCUGGAGGAAGAAGAAAAUUGGACCUGCUACAAACUGCAUUAUGGCCAGUGUGGUGCUGUAA